AAAUAGGCUGAUAUUAUACGACGUUAUAAACUUCUUACAACCAAUGAAAUAUCUCGACAUUUAGAAAAUAAUCAUCCAAUCAAUACGACCAUAUCAUCUAAUCAACAUCAUCUUAAUCAUAAACAAACACUUGUUAAUAAACGUACUCGAACUACCAAAGCACCACCACAGUAUAUGAAUAGAAAACAUAAAAAACUUAUCAAUCGAUAUUACUGUUCAUCGUCAUCAUCAUCAUCCCGUCAAAGAAAAACUCAACAACUACAUCGACGUAAAUCAUCACGUUUAAUCCGAUCAUCGUUAUCUAAACAUCCGUAUAAUGUUGUAUGCCUUAAUAAUAAUAAUCACAAUACUAAUAAUGAAAAUGUGAAUCAAUCCACUAGGUAUUAUAGAACACGUUAUCAAAUUAAAGGUAACAAUCAGAAUAGUCGUAAUAGUCGAUUAUCAUCAUCAGCAUCAACAGCAGCAGCAUCGUCAUCAUCAUCGUCGAUAAGAUUCAAAUAUUCAACUAGAAAUAAUUCCAAUGCUCCUACUACUCCUGCUACUGCUGCCGGUGCUUCAACUCCUAGUUCAUGGAUUACAACUUCAAUAAAUCUAAUUGAAGAAUUAUGUAAACAUCGUAGAAGUUUUUAUUUUCGUGUACCAAUUAAUCCAACUGAUUAUCCAGAUUAUCAUAGUAUUAUUGAACGGCCAAUGGAUUUAGCAACAAUACAAAAGAAACUAUUCAAUAUUCAAUUACAACAACAUGUACAUUGCGCAUCAUCCUCAUCAACAACAUCACCAUCGUCAUCGUCAUCUUCAACAGUAACAACAGUAACACCAACACCACCACCACCACCACCUCCCUAUCAUAUACGUAGUCGUAGUAGUGUACUACGCGACUAUCAACCCAAUGAUUUAUUGAUCGAUUUAAAUUUAAUUAUAUCGAAUGCAAAAUUAUAUAAUACUGAUCCAGAUACACAAGUAUAUGAUGAUACAUUAUGGUUAGAAAAUUGGUUGCAUACUAUAAUGAUACCGUGUUUGUUACAAUGUUUAGAAUGUUCCAGUAAUAAUAAUAAUAAUAACGAUAAUCAUCAUUAUACUUUGUCAGUAUUGACAUCUUGUGCUGUAAAAAUGUCUGAUCAUCGGGACAAAUCAAUGCGAACUCAUGGUGAUGAUGAUGAUGAUGAUAAUGGUGAUAACGAUGAUAAUAGUUGUCGAUUGAAACGCCAGGCAUAUUCAACACGAUCUGGAAAUCAUACAAUGAAUGAGGAAAAGAAUUCUGUUGGGAAUGAUCGAUCAUCAGUGUCGUUGUCACCGCCAGCUUCUAAAAACAUAGCAUCCUCAUCAGUGGGAUCUUCUAAAACAAUGCGUACUUCUAGUGGUCGUAUCGUUCGACCGCCACCAUCUCGUGGUUCACAAGAUCUAUGCUUAUCAUCAUUUUCAGAAGAUUAUCAUUCAAAAUAUAAUAAUAAUUCAAUUGAACGUAAACAUUCUCAACAACGGAAAACUAAAUCAACUAUAUAUCGUUCAAAAAAUAAUAUACAUUCUGUAAAUAAAUUCUAUUCUAAGCAUAGAAAACGAACUCAUCGAUCAAAAACCAUGAUAAGAAAAUUAUCGAAUUCCACAGAAGAUUUAUCACAACAUACAACAUCAUCAUCAUCAUCACUUCGACGUAGUGCACGUAAACGUAAAUUGAUUUCUAGUUUUAGUCAUUUUUAUGGAUCAUCUGAAGGAAAUGAUGAAUCCGAUUGAUGAUGAUGACCACAAUGAUAUUGAAGCUUGUUAAUCAAUCACUCAGUGUGUUCAUUGAUACACACAUCACAUCACAUCACAUGAAAAUUGGAAACGAGAACAUGAUUUUGUUUUUCCUGUAAAUUGUGUCUCUAUUUUCUCCUUUCUUUUCUCGCCCUCUCUCUCUCUCUCUCUCACUGUUCCUCACAUUAAAAUCAGUUUUGGGCAGCAUGUGUAGAUAUAUUUUCCACUCCACUCCACUCCCCUUCCUUUCCCUUCCACUUGCUCAGUCGGAUUGAAAACUAACUGAUAAUGUUCAACCUGUCCAAUGUAAUUUAAAAAUAAC